AACCUAGUUAUGUCGGUCGAACUGACCUGGCCAAGAGUGAUUUUUCGAUCGAGACCCAGGAGCCAGGGCACGGUUGGCAACCUCUAAUAGAAGAGAAAAAGAACUAAAGAGGGGUGAUCCCGUUCUAAGUAGAAUGGGGUUUGAGCUACUAAACAUCGGAGGCCGAGUUGAGAAGGUGAACGGAAAGAAUCUUACUUACGCCGAAUUCGCCGAGAGAUUCCUCUCCAAGAACAAGCCUGUACUUCUUACUGGCCUCAUGGUCGAUUGGAGAGCCAGCAAAGAUUGGGUCCUUGACGACGGACGUCCCAAUCUUCCUUUCUUUUCAUCUCAUUUCGGCGAUUCCAAAGUUCAGGUAGCUGACUGUAGCUCCAGAGAGUUUUCUGAUCAAAGGAGAACUGAACUAUUAGUUUCAGAGUUCAUUGAUCACUGGGUUAGUGUUCAAGAUGAUGAUUCUGAUCACAAACCAAGUAACGAAUUCGGAUGUAAAUCCCCUUUGUAUUUGAAAGACUGGCAUUUCAAAAAGGAAUAUCAAGACUAUAUAGCAUACACAACUCCCCUAUUUUUCUCCGAUGACUGGCUGAAUAUGUAUCUUGACAAGUUUCGAAUGCACACAGAUCCUGAUUAUCAAGAGAAAGAUGAAAUAGUUUGCUCUGACUAUCGGUUUGUUUACAUGGGAGCAAAAGGUACAUGGACUCCCUUACAUGCCGACGUGUUUAGAUCUUACAGUUGGUCAGCAAAUGUAUGUGGCAAGAAAUUGUGGUAUUUGUUGCCUCCAAGUCAGUCUCAUCUAGUGUUUGAUAGAAAUAUGAAAACAUCAGUUUACGAUAUUUUAGAGGAAACAGAUCAGGUGAAGUUCCCGGGGUUUAAGGAGGCCAUCUGGUUGGAAUGUACUCAAGCUCAAGGAGAAAUCAUCUUUGUCCCCAGUGGUUGGUAUCAUCAAGUUCAUAAUCUGGAAGACACAAUAUCAAUAAAUCACAACUGGUUUAACGCCUAUAACCUUUGCUGGGUGUGGGAUUUACUUUUGAGGGAUUAUAAAGAGGCAAAGGAGUACAUUGAAGACAUAAAAGAUAUAUGCGAUGACUUUGAGGGACUCUGUCAGAGAAACCUAGCAGCAAAUACAGGCAUGAAUUAUCAAGAUUUCUUCAUUUUCAUGGUACGGCUAUCCUUUGGAAACUUGGUCCUACUCUACCAACUUGUUAAGGAGAAUGAAACAUCCGGUGAGUUGUCAAUGCAUAAAGGACGUCAAAUAAUUUUGAACCUGGAGUCUGCACGCGAUAUUGCCAUGAAGAUGAUGAAAGCAGGAAGUCCCGGUUUGUUAGUCAAUUUCAAGGAAACCAUUGAGGAUCCAACAUUCGUUAGACUAUGCCUGGAUUUGGAGAGGAUAUAUUUAAUGAUACACGAACCACGACGUGAGCAGACCACUGAAGAUUUGACCCGGGAUUUGGUGGACUUGGAUCUUCUUGACUCAUCUGCUUUUGUGGGUUCUCCUGAAGAUUUGGCAAAUUUGAUCUAUAAAGGUCUAAGAAAGCUUACUAAGUAGUCUAUACUACAUAGAGCAUGUGAUUUACUCAGGGUCUUAUUUAUUUUUUUGAGAAAAUUAUAACAGGUUACUCAGAUAUCUAGAAACCAAUGUAGGUAUUUUUCUUAAAUUCGAUUUUUUUUUUUUUUACAAUUUAUUAAUUAUUAUUUUUAAUUAA